AAAUUAUGUGUUACUGAAAUUAUUUAACGCGCCAGGUGGGGGCCCACGCGUGUGGAGGAAACGGCGCGGCGGCUGAGGUUUUUAAAAGAAAUAAAACGGUCAAAAGCGUCGUUGACUGAGCUUUGAAAUAUAUUCAUCAGCUCACCCACGCCUCUCCUUCCUUUCUUUUUCUCUUUUUCCCAAACCCUCCAUCGCCCACGUGCGCUGUCCGUGAUUUAUACGCUCCCCAAAUUUACGCUCCAAAUUUACCCCUUUUUUUUUUUUUUUUUAAAAAAAAAACAAAAUAAUUAAAAUUGAAAACUUCUCCCUUUCUUCCUAUAUAACCUCCCCCUCCCCUCCUUUUCCCCUCAAAUUUCAGUUCACAUCAAUUUCUCUCUCACUAUAACACCUAACUCUCUCUCUCCACCGCUUCUUUUCACAAUAUGGCUGCCGGAGACCGGUCGACAUCCGCCGCGCCGCCCAAUUCCAAAGAGACCCGCUACAGAGGCGUCAGAAAGAGGCCGUGGGGUCGCUACGCUGCCGAAAUCCGGGACCCACGUAAGAAGACUAGGGUUUGGCUUGGCACAUUCAAUACUGCGGAAGAAGCGGCGCGUGCUUACGACACGGCUGCGCGUGAAUUCAGAGGCGCAAAUGCCAAAACUAAUUUCCCUGUUCAAAACCAUUUCCUAAUCGUUGAUAACAACCACACCAACUUCCAUAAAUCCGCUUGCAGUAGUAGUCCCAGCCACAGCAGCACCGUCGAGUCCUCUUCCCCAUCGCCAACGCCGUCGAAUCCUUACCUCGACGGAGGCAUCCACGCGCCAGGCAUUUCCCGUCCAAUUUUCUUCUUCGAUGCGUUUGCUCAGGCGGAGAAGAUCAGUGACUUUCGUCGUACCGUUACCGCCGCCGCCGCCGGUGCAAGCGACUCCGAUUCGUCAUCUGUAGUUGAUUUCGACACUACGCGAAAAUCCCGGCCGUUGGAUUUUGACCUCAAUCUCCCAGCUGUGGAAGUUGUUUGAGGAUCCGUGUUUUCUUUUUCAUUUUGAAUUUGAACUAAUUUUCUAAUUUAAUAUCCGUAAAAUCCAUUUCAAGGAUUGAAUGAAAUAUUCGACCAGAAUGAGAUUAGAAAUAUAUAUAAAAAUAUAUAUGAGAAGCUGUAUUGUAUAGAUAUCAAAGAAUUUCUCCGAUUUGAAUUUUACUAAAUUUAGGAUUUAAUUUUAA